UCCGCGUCAAGCGAUUCCUCAUCGUUUGCUGAUCCUGAACAAUGCAAGAGGGAAGCAGCGAGCAGGAAUUGAACAGUACAAGAGCUUUGAUUGCGAUAUUGAACUCAAAUUUGGAUCAAAAGAAUCAAAGGAAGGAUAGCGUUCGCAAUGAAUUACAAAAUUUACAAGAGAAAAUCAGAAAGGAAGGUGCUGAAUCCAAAAUACAGAAUUUGGUUUCCCUUUUGGAGAAUCUAAAGUUACUAGAAAGACAAGAAUCUGAAAUUCGGUCUGAUUUUGAUGCAAAACGUUUUUCUCUGGAAGUUGAAGUUAGUGAUUUGAAGGGAAAGUUAGCAACUGGAUCUGAAAGCAAUAUGCUCCCUCACAGUUUAGAUGAUUCCUUAAACCAAUCAUUGGAAAAGCUUAAUUUAACAAAGAGGGAACUUGCAGCUAGACUGAGGGCAAUAGUAUCCAUAAAGCGCCAGUUGGAUAAUGCACCCUCCCAGUCAGAACUCAUCCAGUAUGAGCACCGGUUUUCAGAACUGAAUGCUCAUAUUCAGGAAAAACUUCAGCAAACUCGGAAAUUCUAUGCAACCUUCAAUGCUCUUUUGGAGAUUAAAGAGUUGAUGCUAAAGGAAACUUCUUUGUUGAAUUCCAUAAAUUCACAGUUUCAGGAUGCCAUUGCUAGCCCUAUUGGUCGCAUGAAAUUACUUGAGUCCAUGGAGGGAAUUGUAAAGGGCAGCCAACAGAAGCUGGAGAAGGUGCAAAUUGGUCUUCAAGAAGAGCAGAAAAUUUGUGAUGAUCUCAAAGAGAGGUAUACUGCUGCAGUGGCGGAGCAAAGACGCUGCUAUUCUCUCUUAAAAGCAUUCCAGGAGGAAUGUGCAAAGAAUGAGAGGCUUCGGAGCCAGACUUCUUCCUAACUUAAAGUUGACAUGUUGAAAGCAUCAUCUGCGCAGUCAAAGCUGCAGAUUAUGCGCCUGCUGGGUGUCUAAACGGGACCGAUCAAGUGAUUCAUUUCGGAAAUAGUCAGGGGGAGAUCGAAUCGUCUUGAUCAAAAGCAAAUCUUUUGCCUUACACAGGUUAGCUAGUGUUCUCUUGCUUUUCACGUGCAACUGAUGAUACACACCCGUGGUGCACCCAUUCUACUACACAAACAUUAUUUAUAUGAACUGACAUAAUUAUUGGAUAUACUAAUUUCUUAUUGUAAAAUAGCUGCCUAUUUUAGUGUUAUAUAUGCCAGCAAAAAAU